AUGGAGAGUCCUCAUGAGCACCAGCAGAACCUCCUGCUGUCCCGCAUCAUCACCAAUGUGGAGAAAUUAAACGAGUCUAUCAUUGUGAUGAACAAGGCCCUCCAAGAAAUCAACAUCCAAAACAUGAACAUCGAGCUUGUAGCUCAGAUGUUCAAGAACUACCAGUCCAACGUCCUCUUCCACCUAGAAGCUACGGACAACCUGAAGGAGCCCUCCUGA